UUCACACUUGCUGGAUCCCUCCCACUCGACGAUCACGCACACUCCUUUUUGACUAUUUAACCCAGUUUAGCUCUUCAUCCUCGCUCUUCCUCUCCGCCUCCUCCUGCGCCAUCACGGACUCUUGUGAGGGAGAACCACGCGGACUUCCACGUAAUGCUCCCUCAGAGCUGUCCGCGGUGCUGAACACACGCCGGUUCUUGUUUGGUUUUAUUCUCGAACCAAGCGGGAGGGUUUCAACCAUCGAAGGCUGACCGGGAUUUGGGAAGCGGCGCUUUGACUCGGAUCGUUUGGAGAGUUCAGCUCCGAGAGAACCGGAUGACAUCCCUUCAUUCCUAACUCGAAGAAAAACUUUACUCCAGAACUUGCCAUCAACCAGAUGUUAGUUUGAGAGGAGGCCUCGACACAGAUCAUGGAGGCGUCCGCCAACGGUUCCAGUUUUGGGAUCGACUCGCUGCUGUCCCACCGGCCGGGCAGUCCGCUGUCCAAAGGGGACAGCCUUGUCGGGGAGUGCCGGUCGCCGCUGGAGUUCAGCCCGAGAUCCGACGCCGAAAGCGGGUGCUCCUCACCGCCGUCCCCGCGUCGAGAGUGUGUGGUGGUGGACGAGGUGGUGCAGCGACAGGCGGGUCAUGGUCUACCCCCGCACCUGCAGCAGAUCUCCGCAGGCUCCCAGCAGAGGACCGUCACCUCCUCCUUCCUCAUUCGAGACAUUCUGGCGGACUGUAAACCUCUGGCCGCCUGCGCCCCCUACUCCAGCAACGGGCAGCCCACGCAGGAGGCGGGCCGGCUGGCGGCCAAGAUCGCCGAGGACUUUAUGGACAAGAUCCACAGCAACUCCUCAUCAGACAGCGAGUACAAAGUCAAAGAAGAGGGCGACCGGGAGAUCUCCAGCAGCAGGGACAGUCCGCAGGUGCGGCUGAAGAAGCCCAGGAAGGCCCGCACGGCCUUCACCGACCACCAGCUGGCUCAGCUGGAGCGGAGCUUCGAGAGACAGAAGUACCUCAGUGUGCAGGACCGGAUGGAGCUGGCGGCCUCCCUCAACCUGACCGACACUCAGGUCAAGACCUGGUACCAGAACCGCAGGACCAAGUGGAAGAGGCAGACCGCGGUGGGACUUGAACUGUUGGCGGAAGCAGGGAACUACUCGGCGCUGCAGAGGAUGUUCCCCUCCCCGUACUUCUACCCGCAGAGUCUGGUGUCGAAUCUGGACCCGGGGGCGGCCCUCUACUUGUACCGGGGACCCUCGGCACCACCGCCGGCCCUACAGAGACCCCUGGUGCCACGGAUCCUCCUGCAUGGUCUACAGGGAGGCAGUGAGCCCCCUCCUCCGCCUCCUUUGCCCCCCAUGUCCGGCGUGUUGCCCCGGCCGACCCAGCAGCGGUGAGCGGACCUCAUGCUGGGAGAGAAAAGACUCUAAAAGGACAAAUUAAAGAACAUUUAAGGACGUUGCGAGUGACACAAACUGUAUUUAUUAUUAAUUUAUUUGUCAAAAAACGCGUCGGAGAAUUUAAGUUAUGUAUUUAUUUCAACCCAGGUGCAGUAUUUUCCUUUCUUUUUAUUUUAUUUUUUUUUUUAAAUAAUUUUGGUUCGAUCGUCACCCACAACUCAAUGCCAAGACCUCUUUUUUUGUAUAUAAAGACUUUCACGCAACAGAAAUAAAUUCUGGAUAUAUUUAAUUAUUAGUGAGCGACCGAUGUGUAAAUGAACAUUCCACGUGUUGAAAUAUUAAAGACCAUCCAAAGGGAUUUUUUUUUCGUUUUACAUUAAGAGAAGAUCAACUGUAAAUAAGAAUAUUUUGCAUUUUAUUCAGAAAAUACGUUUAAGGAAAUCAAACGACCGUUUUACUUUGGGAGCUUAUUUUAUUGUUUUCUAUUGUUAUUUUUUUUUCACGCCAGAGUUAUCCAGAUUGACAUUUUCAGACUAGCAGAUAAUCCAAACGACAUAAUGCCCCACAGAUUUAGUGUCAAUAAUCCUUUUCUUCAAGUAAAAGGGUCAGACUUUUUUUUAGCAAUUUCCUCAACGUAAAUUUCAGAGAACGACUUUAUGGGAAGCGAACUCACAACCUGCUGAUGUUCUGUGCACUUCAUUGUUCUAUUUUUGGUCAACAUGUAUACUGCAGAUAUCCAACUUGUGGAGUGGUACUCGUAUAUUUCCUGGAUUCUUUUUUUUCGUUUUCCCUUUUCAGACGUAUUUUUUUCCCCUCAACUCUUUCUCCUCUGGUCUUUUUUAGAGGCAGAAAUUCAGAACAUGUUGGCUAGCUAAAAGUGGGAUUUGAUGUAAAAGAGAAAUACUUUUAUAAAUGUGGAAAUAAAAGUCUUUCAGUACAUGUGUGUGAUUUGGAUUGGACUUCAAAAAUGGAAACGUCAAAAUAGAGAUAAUUUAGGUGUAGACUAAGGUUAAUCAAAUCUAAUGAGUGACUCUUACUACCGGAGUCAAUGAUGAAAAUUUAUAUCAUUUUUGACGACAUUUAAUUUGACCUAAUAUGUCAAAUAUGGAUGAAUUAAGCCAUCUUUUUGUGAACGGGUUGACAAGCACCAUCUUGCGUUUCAACAGUACAUGGCUACUGACUUUUAUCUUUUCAAAUCCAAACAAACAAACGUGUUCACGUGAACCACACUCACAAUAAAUAAUUGAUGAAUAAAACUCAAUGUUUCCUCAUAUUUAACUGACAGCGAAUACUACUAUUACUAGUGAUAAUAAUAAUAAUAAUAAUAAUAAUAAUAAUAAUAAUAAUAAUAAUAAUAAUAAUAAUAAUUCCCCCAUGUUAUAUAAUUCAGGUCAUUUUGUUUGCGUGUUUGGACUGGAUUAUUCUAACGGUUUCCUUCAUAUUUAU